AUGCCUUCAGCAUCACCAAAGCUUGUCACAAUGAUGCUAGUCAUUGCAAUCUCCAUGGCAAUGUUAGUCUCACCCGGGCAAGCCCGAGUCCAAGCCCAAGCCCAAAUCGACGUCCAAGCCCAGGCCCAGGUCCAGUUAGGGUUACCGGACCCGCUCCAGUGCUGGGCCUCCAUCAGAAAGACCAGGGGGUGUUCUAAUGCGGUUGAGGAUUUAAUUUUGAGUGGCGAAAUUAUAAGUACUACUGCAAUUAGCCCUAUUUGUUGCACAGUCUUGGCUGACCUUGGGCAAAAUUGUUGGUCUAAGCUGUUUCCUUUGAACCCCCUUUUGCAAGCGGUGGUCGGAAGUUAUUGUGCCGCGGCCAAUAAUGGAGGUGUUGAUGUUGCGCCGGGACCUGUAGAGAGCGGUGCAGAGAUGGGCUCAAACUCCAUGGCCAAGUUCUUUUUUGGGGGUGCAUAG